CUCACUCGAAUCAUAGCGAGCUGGCAGCCAGGGGUGGUUACAUGCGUCUUUUAGCAAGCGAGCGAACAGCACCUUCUGCGUCCGCUCCGUGAGCUCUGGAAGAGGCGAGGACAUCCGCGGGAGUCGUCUUCUAACCGAAGGUAGCCACCGCGUCGGCCGGCCAACCGCAGCGACCCCGAGAACACACACAGAAAUGGACGAAAAGGCGUUCACGAAAGAAAUCGAUCAGUGGAUCGAGCAGCUCAACGAAUGUAAGCAGCUGUCGGAGGGACAAGUGAAAACACUGUGUGAAAAGGCGAAGGAGAUCCUGACCAAGGAGUCAAACGUUCAGGAGGUGAGAUGUCCGGUGACGGUGUGCGGCGAUGUGCACGGCCAGUUCCACGACCUCAUGGAGCUGUUCAAGAUCGGAGGGAAAUCUCCAGACACAAACUAUUUGUUCAUGGGAGACUACGUAGACAGAGGGUACUACUCCGUAGAAACUGUCACUUUACUAGUAGCACUUAAGGUACGCUAUCGGGAGCGCAUCACAAUUCUCAGAGGCAACCAUGAGAGCAGACAGAUCACACAAGUGUACGGCUUCUAUGACGAGUGCCUAAGGAAAUAUGGUAACGCCAACGUUUGGAAGUACUUCACAGACCUGUUCGAUUAUCUCCCCCUCACUGCCUUGGUAGACUCUCAGAUUUUCUGCCUUCAUGGAGGCCUGUCACCGUCAAUAGAUACUUUGGAUCACAUCAGAGCACUGGACCGUUUACAGGAAGUGCCACAUGAGGGUCCCAUGUGUGACCUGCUGUGGUCAGACCCUGAUGACCGCGGCGGCUGGGGCAUCUCCCCUCGAGGAGCUGGCUACACUUUCGGCCAGGACAUCUCUGAGACGUUCAACCACGCCAACCGCCUCACACUGGUGUCCCGUGCCCACCAGCUGGUCAUGGAGGGUUACAACUGGUGCCAUGAGAGGAAUGUGGUGACAAUAUUUAGUGCUCCCAACUACUGCUACCGCUGUGGCAACCAGGCAGCUAUCAUGGAACUAGACGACACCCUUAAAUACUCAUUCUUGCAGUUCGAUCCGGCGCCUCGCAGAGGGGAGCCUCACGUCACUCGCCGCACCCCAGAUUACUUCCUGUAAAGUCUGAUCUUUGACCCUUGUCCAGUCAGGUCCAGCAUUGCCAUGAUAUAUGACCUUCAAUCGAUAACAACAUGAAUGAAGAAGAGGAGGGUGAGAGACGUGGGUGGCUACACAGCAGUGCACAUUGUAUAUCCACACAAAGACCUAUUUAAGCAUUUAGCGAAAACCAUGUCUGUGUGUCUGUGAAUGGACCAAAAGGUGUGUGCCAUAAUCAUUACAAUAUUCAUUGCUGAGGACUUGUACUGAAACUCUCCCCCACUAUGUAAAGCAACAGUGAUGUUUAAAUUCCUCAUCCUGCACCUGUGUAGCUCGACCGAUGGCAGCGAGGUCCAAGACAAAAAAUUGCUCCUUUGAAUGCGGCUGUUUGAACCCCACAUGCCAUGGCUUAUAUUUAGGAGAUCUGAAUAUGAUCUGUUUGCACUUUUGUAAAUCUAAAGAAAUGUAACAUAUAUCAAAAGAAGGAAAUUAUUUCACACUACAUCUGUUUUUUGAUUUUGUUUUUGAUUUUUGUAAAAUUACAAAUAAAGCCCCCAUCAGGCAAAUUUUACACAAGGUUUCUUUGUCCUGUGUAGCUUUUAAGGAAAGCCCUUCUUACGCCGUCACCCAGCUUGGUGUAUAUGAUAGACAGAUGACGGAGUGUUCAUCCACAUCAACUCACUGACUCCCUCUGACUACAGAGUCUGUAUUAACCAAACCAUUUGAAUAAUAAAGAUGAUGGCGGCUCCUU